UCAGGACAAAAAUCACUGCACUUCCUUUAUACCUCAUUUCACCUGUGUUUCAGGAAUAUCCUCAAACUUCUCAACUGAAAACAUGAAGAAGCAAGGUUCAGACAGCAAUUCUGCUUCAGUUAUGCCAGCGCUGCCAGAACCAAUCAAAGAUCUGAAAAUUAAGUACACCAAGAUAUUUAUAAACAAUGAGUGGCAUGAUUCAGUCAGUGGUAAAAAAUUUGCAGUCUUUAACCCUGCAAAUGAAGAGAAAAUCUGUGAGGUUGAAGAAGGCGACAAGGAGGAUGUAGACAAGGCAGUUAAAGCAGCUAGAAAGGCUUUUGAGCUUGGGUCGCCCUGGCGUACAAUGGAUGCUUCAGAGCGAGGAAGGCUCUUGAAUAAACUAGCUGACUUAGUUGAAAGAGAUCGGCUGAUUUUAGCUACAAUGGAAGCCACUGAAGGUGGGAAACUCUUUUCCACAGCCUACCUAAUGGACUUAGGUGCCUGUAUCAAAUCAUUACGCUACUGUGCAGGCUGGGCUGAUAAAAUCCAUGGGCGUACUGUUCCAGUGGAUGGAAACUUUUUUACGUUUACAAGACAUGAGCCUAUUGGUGUGUGUGGCCAAAUUAUUCCUUGGAACUUCCCAUUGGUUAUGUUCAUGUGGAAGAUUGCCCCUGCCCUUUGUUGUGGAAACACGGUGGUUGUCAAACCAGCAGAACAAACUCCACUCACUGCCCUUUACAUGGGAUCCUUAAUUAAAGAGGCAGGAUUUCCACCUGGAGUUGUGAACAUUGUACCAGGCUUUGGACCCACUGCUGGAGCAGCAAUUUCUCACCACAUGGAUAUAGAUAAAGUAGCUUUCACAGGCUCUACAGAGGUUGGCAAACUGAUUAAAGAGGCAGCCGGAAAGAGCAAUCUGAAGAGAGUUACCUUGGAACUUGGAGGAAAAAGUCCUAACAUUAUAUUUGCGGAUGCAGACUUGGACGCUGCUGUGGAAUUUGCACAUACUGGUUUGUUCUAUCACCAGGGACAGUGUUGUAUAGCAGGAUCUAGGAUUUUUGUGGAAGAGCCUAUUUAUGAUGAGUUUGUUCGCCGAAGCAUUGAAAGAGCAAAGAAGUAUACUCUUGGGAAUCCUCUGUUGCCUGGUGUACAGCAAGGUCCUCAAAUUGACAAGGAGCAGUUUGAAAAAAUCCUGGAGCUAAUCGAGAGUGGGAAAAAAGAAGGAGCCAAACUGGAAUGUGGUGGAGGUCCAUGGGGAGACAAGGGUUACUUCAUCCAGCCCACAGUUUUUUCUAAUGUUACGGAUGAUAUGCGCAUUGCCAAAGAAGAGAUAUUUGGACCUGUCCAACAAAUCAUGAAGUUUAAAACUAUAGACGAAGUUAUCAAGCGAGCAAAUAAUACUACAUAUGGCUUAGCAGCAGCAGUUUUUACCAAAGACAUUGAUAAAGCACUGACGUUUGCAGCUGCUCUUCAGGCUGGAACAGUAUGGGUUAAUUGUUAUAGUGCAGUAUCUGCUCAGUGUCCUUUUGGAGGUUUUAAGAUGUCAGGAAAUGGACGAGAAAUGGGAGAAUAUGGACUCCAUGAAUACACAGAAGUUAAGACUGUCACAAUCAAAAUCCCACAAAAGAACUCGUAAUGCUUCUUGAGAUGUGGAAUCUAACAGCUUCAAAUGAAUCUGAAAAGACUAUCUGAAUUCUUAAAUGUUUUAUUGUCCAAAUGAUUCAUUAACCUUUUUGCUUUCUGAUUGUGUAAGAGGUACUUGCUUGCAUUAACAAUAUAUGGAAUAAUGUAGAAACAUUUUAUUUGGUAAUUGUGAUAAGGAAACUUUAAUGCCUGCUACAUAGCUAACUAAUUUUAAAAAUUCAUAUUCAGAAAGAUCUACUCCUAUUUUCAGUUGAGGCUCUCCGUAGUGCUAUGAAAAUUUUCCUUUUCUGAUAUAUUCUACAGGUACAGUUUGAAUUUUUGUGGUCUUCUAAAUUUUAGAUGGCAAGCUUUCUUUGCAACAUUUUCUGUUCUUUGUGGCCUUAACAAAAGCACUUAUGAGUAGUUUGCAGACAGAUACUUUUCUGUGUCUUUCUGCAGAUAUAUUUCUUAGACUAUUAAAUUUGUUCAUCAUGCUGCACAAAUGUAACCUGUAUAAUGUUAAAAAAAAUAUUAAAAUUCCCCUACAAAACCUA